CCCCAGAAUCUGGUGGAUCUCAUCGACUCGGCAUAUGCGCCAUAUCAACGGCCUGACAUUGAUACGGCAGUUAUGCCUGUUAUGGGCGCCAUUAGUUUUUCUCUCCAUCGAAAACAGAGGUUAGAAUCACUGGCACAUGUCACAUUGUCAAAAUGUAAGUCAAUCUCCAGAGACUGCACAAAUCGAAUAUGAGAUAAUAAUACUAAAUAACAGUCGAGAAUUUACCCCUAACACUUUGAAAUCAAACUAUAUAUUUUUAAUACCAUCCCACUACAAUGGACACUCACGAAACGCUCCACAGAAUAUUUGUAAACACCUCUACAUCUGGAUUUACACUUGUCAGUAUUCUCGAUCCGUCAUUCGAAAACGAUCCAUUGAAAUUCAUUCACAAAGUCUUCGAUAUUUAUCAAGCGAGAGUUGAAAAAAAUACUGUUGAUGAUAAACUGCAUGAAGCCUUUUACACAUUGUUGUGCUACCAGUACCAAUUGCACUCUCAAAAGAAAAUACACGAGACUGUUAAUCACUUUUCUAAUAAAAAAUUAAUGAACAAUUUGAGGAAGACUUUGUUCAUUUGUGACGACAAUAAUGAAAAUAUUAAAGAAGUCUUGUAUAAUGUCACAGUCCUCCAGAUUAUUCUUUAUCUGAGCGAAGAAAAUUUACUGCAGUUAUGGAGCGAAGCUUGUGAUUUCAUAAAUCAACAAAUUGAAAUUGCCAACGAUCCACAGACCUAUUUUUCCAUUAUGGAAGUUUUCGCAGACGCGGCUGUCCUGAGAAAGAAAUUAUUCGAAAAAUGCAGAGUGGAAAUGCCUGUUAAAUUACUGGAGGGAAUUAAAUGUUGGUUCCAAAAAAUCGAUGAGAAUAAAUCUGAGGAAUGGACCCCCUUUCUAUCACUACUUUUGAAGCUCACAAAAGCAGUGACCUCUCGUCAAUUGGUACUCGAUACGUUAUGGACCUGUAUAAUAGAAUAUAAUCCACAUACAGAGAAAAAAUCAUUAACGCUUUUAUGCGGUAUGAUAGAUGAUUUCCUCUCAGAAAAGUCUCAAGAUGCUAUAAAACUGAACGUCGAGUUCUGCCUGAAUGACAAAAUUUCACAUCUCAUUGUCGAUCACUUGACAUCGAACAUCCAAUUGUACAGAAAACAAGCGCAAUUUAUUCUCGACCUGAUUACUGAUUAUCUGAAGGCAUAUUUCCAAAAAGUCGAUGUUACCGAUAAAAACGAAUCAAUUUUGCCCUUCAUCUUCUGCAAGGACGGCCUAAAUAGCGAAACCAUCAAGAGCAAGUACUUCUUACUUCUAGAGAGUUUAGAAGAGAAACAAGCGCAUCUAGUCCUCCCUGCAAUGAGCCACUUGGACGAACUCCUGGAUACAAGUAUUACCCACGACCCCUUGCUCAACAUCACCUGGGUGAGAUGCCUCUUCACUCGUAUCUUGAACCACGAUAACGAUAGAGUAAUAAAAGCCGGAAUCACUGCACUACUUCGAAUGGAACUACGAAUUUUCGACGAUAAAUUUAUCACUCUGCUGAUUGAAACCCUGAAUAAGACAUUUCUCUACGAAGAUCAGAGCUCAAAUCCUCAUCCCCAGGUUUUCAGGGAUUUAUCACAGAUGAUUAUCACAGCAGAGCAGUCCGAAAUUAAUAUCACCAGCAAAUUAAUCAUUGCGGCAGCUAACAUUAACUGGGCACCCAUUCCCCUUUUUUACAUGCUCGAAGCUCUUGGAAAUAAUAGAGAAUUGAAAGCAGCGAAACACAAUACUUGGAGUGAAGAGGAAUUGGCAGCUCUGAGGAUAAUAAUUGACAAACACGUGAAGAAACAGAUGAAAAUAAUGAGAGCUCCGACAUUGAUGAAUAUCCUCAAGUGCAUUACGAUUUACGUGAAAUCCACAUCGGAUUUAAUUAAUCUGGGUAAAAUAUUUUAUUCUAUCGCCAGUGAUAAAGUACUCAAACGUGGAGAUGAUAACUGGAGGCUGAUAAUGGAUUAUUUGAAAGAGAAUAUUACGGAGAAGCUUGCAUUAGAAAAUACAACUGAGGGCUUCGCCCUUUUGAAGAAUGGUAGCGAAAAUACGAGUGUUGAAGCCCUAGCAAUAUUAAUUGUUCUUCUGUGUGACACUGGGAAUAUAUCAAUCGCAAAUAGCUUACGUGAAUUAUUCAUUCCACUGAUUAAUUCGUACAAAAGGCCAUACGCUAAUUUCUCGGUUUUAUCUAAAACCUUGAAAAUGAUCACUUGUCUGAUAAAUCUUGCACCCCGAGAAAAUGAUGCUUACGUCAUCGCAAUCUGUGAAUUUUCUCAGUCGAUAUUCGAAUUAAUUAUGAGCAGUUUGAGAUCCAACUGGCCCAAAACGUACGAAUCAGCUACAAUUUAUGUGGAGGCACUUGGUGCUAUUCUCAAAAUUCGACAUUUAUCUCCUACUUUAUCUGCAUUAAUUAACGCCAAGAUUAAUGCUAAAGACGAUGAGCUGGAAGAAAUUGUAGGUCUCAUUAGUAAGAGAGACACUCCUCUUAUUCGAUUGUGGUACACAUUGCAUAUAUUAUGCUUGAUUGGAGAUAAAGGCUGUAACUUUAUUUUUUAUAAGCGUCUUCCCAGGACAUUUGCUACUGAAGGAGACGGAAAAAUCGUCUCUGAGUGUUACGGUCGGAUGGCCUAUAUUUAUUAUUAUGUAAUUGCACGAGAGGAAAAAUUGUCUGGAGAAUUUGUUGAUGAAUUCUUAACAGAUAAAAUUGCUGCCCUGACAUCAGCCAGAUCUGACCAUGCAAUCCCAGCAAUUACUGCAACUCUACGUGAGAUCAUAAUUAAAUUGGCCAAUUGUGUCGAAAUAAUUGAAAGACAGACUCAAAUCAUUAAAGAUAUUAUCGCAGAUUUGUGGCAGAAUUUGUGGGAUAUGAAUAAAACCUCUGAAUUUUGGGAGUCUGCUGCACAGUUGAUGCAGUUGUUAUUAAAUGAAGAUUUCCUCGGUGUGAUAGAAUUCCGAGAAAUAUCUGUAUAUUAUGUCAAUGACAUUAUUGCCAAGACAGAUAAUACUUCACCACUGAGAUGUAUGCUUUUUACACAGAUGAUGCACCUCUCAGGCGAUAAUAUCAUAAUUUUUAGUGAUUCGAUAUUGUCUUCUUUUCUGCAGACAGACAUUGGAAAAAUUAAUAAGAGAAUCGAAAUGCAGACAUGCUGCUAUAUUUUGAAAAACCAUACAAUCGAUAUUUUGGAUGAAUACUUCAAAUCGGGACUGGGAGUUUACACAGAUGUGAUAACUCGAGCAGCCUUAGUAAUAUUAAUGGCAAGAAUGGAUAAAAAGAACUCGGCAAAUUUUCAUGAUUGCGUCCAACAACUCCUCUCAAUGUUCAAGAAAUUGGAAGGCAAGAGAUACUUUGGAGAUUCGAAUGUGCACAGGGUGAAGCAUCGAAUAAUGCAAGGAAUUUUAUUAAUUCAAGAGAAUAUCCUCGAGGAUGAUAUCGUAUCAGUUCACGAUACUCUGUGCCAUUCAAUUUUAAUUGAGAGCGAUCAGCCAAGUGUUAGGAUUAUGAAAGAGUGGUGCCUUGUACUGAUUUAUACGAAAAAUGCAUCAUUAUUAGAUCGAAUCUGGGAUCUUUUUCAUUUAGCUCGUGAAAAUCGACCAGGAAGCCUUACAUCUGUUGUAUCAAUCGUCUAUCACCUAGCCCAGACAUUAUAUCCCUCCUCUGAGACAUUGAAAUUCCUCGAGAAGGCUGUAAGCCACAUUCUACCUGGCUGUUUCUCUCAACAAUUUAUUGUUCGAUUAUAUUCUCAGGUGAUAUUGGACAAAUUGUUAAAGAUGAUGGACAUGAGUUUACCUGAGCACACUGAUAAAUAUGAAAGCAUUAAGAAUGCUGUGAAGGAAAGUCUUCGAUAUGGAAAUUUGAUGACUAAUUCUGUCAAGUUACUUGAAAAUUUUUAUUUUUCGAUAUUUAAUCCGAAUAGAAAUUUGAGCCUACAGAGCAUUUUCCAUGAAGUUCCACGAUUGACGAAUGUUUCAAUGGAUGAGUGGAUCACGACCAAGAUUUUUCAGUCAUUACAAUCGACAGGAAUAUCACAGCUGGGAUUCAGGAUUUCUGAUAUUCAAGGGGACUUGAGUACAGUCGAAACUCCAGCAGAGUUGAAUGAACCUGGGAUUGUUGAAUCAUCUUCAUGCCAAAAUGUUUUGACUGAUAUUCAGAAAAAAAUAAUGCCAUCCACAUCAGGGUCAACCCCACUGACGACGAGACAGAAAUUCAUGAUAAAUGAUACUGGUCUAAUCGUGAUUGCCAGUUUGAUCGAGGGUCUGCCUAAUCUGGGAGGACUUGCCAGGACAGCAGAAAUUUUUUGUGCAAGAGAACUGGUUCUCAGCAGCAAAAGAUACAUUGAGAAUAAAGACUUCCAGAGUCUGAGUGUUACUGCAGAGAAAUGGAUCACAAUAUCAGAGGUGAAAGCCCAUGAAUUACGCGAUUAUCUACUGGAGAAGAGAUCGAUGGGUUGGAUAUUGGUUGGUGCAGAGCAGACAGUCAAUAGUAUCAAUCUUAUUGACAUGAAGUUCAAUGAGAAGACAAUUCUGCUGCUAGGAAACGAGAAAAAUGGGAUACCAGCGAAUUUGAUUCAAUUAAUGGAUACGUGUGUAGAGAUCCCUCAGGCAGGAGUUGUUCGAUCACUUAAUGUACACGUCACUGGAGCUCUUUGUAUGUGGCAGUACGCACAACAACAUAUUUUUUCACUUCUCUAAUUAUUCACAUCACUUUUUAAUCAUUCACUGUAAUUUAAUUAUAAAUAUUCUGAAAUAACUUGAGACGAUCACUUAACACCCCGUGCUCCCAUCUGUACUGCUCGUCUGCUCGCCUACUAACUGAUUCAUUGUCCGAAUGGGUGCCUUUUCUGAGAAUCGAAUAGAAACGGAAUUGUUGUCAAACAUUUGACCUUCGGGAGCGACCCGCUCCGCCCCUCGAUGAAAUAUCAAAACAAAGGGGACGAUUUCCCACGUCUUCCUGUGAUCCUGUUCCACGCCCCCAAUUAAUGUUUUCAUGUCCUUAUUGGUUACUAUUAAAAAGGCUGAUACCUCUUCAAUUAUUUUGAUAUUCAUUUUAUAUAAAAUCACAGGAAAAAUCCUAAGAUCGAUCCUCUUAAGAUAGGGGGGUUAUUCGGGCAAGGUUUAAAUAAGUUGACAAAUGAACUUCUCAUAAUCACAACAAAUGUUAUAAUAAACCAUAUUUUUACAGUCGCUGUUACAUUGCAGAACGAACAAGUUACAUUAUUCGACGGAAUUAUUUCAUCAUCCAUUAUCCAUUUUUCAAUAAUAAAAUAAUCGAUAUUUCUUAAACUCUCUCACAUAAUUAUAUACACCUACUCUCCUCUCUUCCUUCUCAAUAAUCCUGGCGAUGCUCAUACCUUAAUAUCUUAGCAUCAAAUGAAAGCAAUGAGAAAGAGAGGUAGAGAGAGAGAGAGAGAACUGAAAAUUUUCCCAAUAACGAGAAAAUAAUCAAGUAGAACGUAAUGAAAAAAUUUGUACAGAAGACGAGUUAAGAUACCUUCGACCAACCCCUCAAUUCUCCAAUGGCAAUGAUUCUCCCCCUUUUUACAUUUACGUAUUGAUUUUUUCUUAAGUACACAAAUUGCGUAAGUACCAGUUGUGCUUGAAGAGUGAUUCCUACUCCAUUUACUUAACUUUUGAUUUAUUGUACGUCUUUGUUAAUUCACCUCGAGUUCUCCCACCUGAUAUUCCCAUCAGAUCUCCAUCGUUACAGCACUCUUGACAAUAAUUUAAUAGUAAUUAAACUAAUUAACAAUGAGAGAGACAGAGAGUGAUUUCUUUUUUUUUUCGUCACGAGAAACGAUUUUUUUGUCGUUAUCCUUCGUGAAGACACUGAAGCUUUUUUUUUUCAUCAUUUCUUUUACUUCACUAACAAUGAAAUAGUCCCGGUGAUGAGGGCGUGUACUCAUCACCGAGAGGAAUACUAUUUUCGUUUAGGAAUGUAGUAAAUAGGUGCAAUAGCGUGCUGAAGAUGAAACCGAGAUAAAUCAUACAAUAGAAAAGAAAGAAAAUCAAGUUCAAUAUCUGCAUUAGUUUAAUAUAUAUCAAUAUUUUUUUGCAAGUCUUACCGAUUAUCGUGAGCGCUCAGCAGCUCAGGUAAGUACGUGGUAAAAUCAAUCACUUCCACAAUUGGAAAAUGUAGGAAAAAAAAAUUCAAUAGAAUAAUCUAACGAAUGCCAUGAGUUUUUCUUCGAAUUAUUUUCGUGCGUAUCAUCCAUGAAUUCAAUUCGUAAUUUUUUCCAAUUCAUCCCCCCCCCCCACGAUUUACAAGUUAAUU